AUGAAUGAGAACUGGAAUGGAAUUCAUACACACUAUAAAGAGGUGAUUCAUGCAGGGGAAAAUCUUACUCUUGAUAAAGAGAUUCUUUUAAUAGAGAAUCAGCAGCUUCAAAAAGCUCUUAAUCAAGAGAGAAGAUGUUGCAAGUGUGACAGAGCAAUAAGAUUGUUAGAUUUCUUGAAUUCAUCAUUAAUACAGUUCUUCUUACCAGCAAAGAUGCAGAGCAUCUGUGAGAAUUUGACAGCCUCAGAGGUUGCCAAAAAGGAUAAGCAAGCUUAUAAGGAGGAUGCAAAGCUGCAACACACUAUUCUUAAGAAACAGAAGAAGACAGAUAUCAUUCAGCAGAGGAUGAAGUGA